GACCAAUGGGAGGGCGGUGGUAAGGAUGCAACAGUGAUCCAGGAAAAAACAGCCCAUUGUUCCUGGGACGUUGGAGAAGCGUGACCUCCCUCCCGCCGGCUCUAGCUGCUCGCCGUAACGGCACACCGAAGGACCCAAUACCCCACUGUCAGAAUGAGUGGGGGUAUCAAUGUGAAGUCGGCCCCCCGGGCUCCUCCAUCAUCAGGAAUCCCCCUCCCACACAGCCUGUUGCCCUCCUCCCCCAAAGCAGACACUCGCCGCCGGUCUACUGACCUACCCAGGCCCUUAACACAGACCCCUAAACACACACCAACACACACACCCACACGCACACCCACCCGCACACCCACGCACACACCAACGCACUCUCCUUUACUAUGUCCACGGAGCUCCAGCAUCCCUGGGCUGUCCUCCAGGGACCUGACGAGAGACCCCAGCCUAAAAAGUCAGCUCUUCAAACGGAUGGGAGCUCUACCUGCUCCCCAGGUGUCACGCUCCGCCUACAACAGCCCAAUAACCCAGCGCAGGAUACCGCCGCCUCACUCCAAGGACACGCUGGAUCUAGGAAAAUCCACCUUGCCUCACGUCCCCUCACAGCUUCCACAUGACGGCAAUCGCAACAGGAACACCUUCACCAAUAAGAACCAAACAUGGGGAACCAGCAACCUGCGUCCACCACUCCACUUCAGAAGAGGAGACAACUCCAACACUGUAGCCCAGGGAACGAGUGAGGUCGUGCCACAAAGAGAGGAACAGCCUCCAGAAAACCUUCCGGCCCAGUCUACAAUGUUGAACAACGGUAACCUCCGCUCUUUCGCUCAGAUGAGCUACGAUGCCAUCAGAGGUCACAGUGGCUCCACCAGCCAAUCAGACGAGGAGAUGGGGACUCCUGAGGACAGCAGCCCGGCCUCCUCUCCUGGUCCCCUGCCGCUGCCACCAAUCACAUUCACCAUGCCAGUAAUGUCAAAGGUGGCUGUUGUUAUGCACGAUCAAAUCUUAGACGAAGAGGCUGAAUCUGAAGAGACUCACACACCCAGAGUCAACAUGGCUACUGUGGCUCCCUUCAGCUACAGGGUGCGAGUGCAGGAGAGCGAUUUUUCACUGGAUGAACUUAGUGACUGCUCAUCUGGAUCCAUAGAAGUCUGUUGUGAUGACCUCACACCAGGAGGGAUGUUGGAGGCUAAUGUGGCUAACAUUAGCAUGACGGCUAAGCCCAGAGAGCUGGACCUGAGGUCUGCUGCUGUCUCCUGCCAGGAAACUUCAGCCCAGGCCAUGGCCUCCAGGAAGACCUCAGCCAAGCCCUCCACUCUGCCCCAAGGACCUCCACGUCCCUCUGGGUCAGAGCUCAAGGUCUACCGUCCCACAUCUGGAGCUAUCCCUAUCCCAGUCCCCAAUCCAGCCAGGCUCCGCAAGCAGCGAUCACUUAGCAACUUGUGUGUGCUCACGGAUGCAGAGAAGAAGCUGCACCUUUACCAAUCUCCCCGCUGGAAUGAUGAUACGGGCCGGCCCGGCACUGGCACCAACAAGCCGGGCCAGACUAAGACAGUUCAGGCUGGGGGUGGGAAACCACCACUUUCCCGGACCCUUUCAAAGUCAGAACAGUCUCUUUUCCAGGGGAAGCCCAAACCUUUCAGCUCCCCAUGUGUGACUUCUAACGUGAGCAAGCCCAGUCGAAUCCCUGCCCCUGGUAAACCACGAGGACCUUAUGCUGAAGUCAAGCCCAUCAGCAAGGCCCCUGAGGCAGGCCAGAGUGCAGACACAGACCCUGCAGACCACCCAACUAAGGCUAACUCCAAUGGAGCUGGGAAUACUGGGACUAAUGGCAAGAAACUGGUAGAGAAGGGGAAAUCUGGAGCUCUGUCAACAGAGGAGAAGAAAGAGAGGAAGGGGCUAGAGGGAGAAGAUGAUAAGGGCUUUCUGAAGGUGGACCCAGAGUUAGUGGUGACUGUUCUGGGAGACCUGGAGCAGCUGCUCUUCAGCCAAAUGCUCGACCCGGAAUCUCAGAGGAAGAGGACCGUGCAAAAUGUUCUGGACCUUCGACAGAACCUGGAGGAAACCAUGACCAGCCUGAGAGGGGUGCAGCUCAGCCACAGCUGUGUGGAGGGGACCAUGUGCUAUGACAGCGAUGAAGCUGCUGCAUUCUCAAUUUCCAGUCUAUCAAAUCGCUCCUCUCCAUUGUCAUGGCGCCAGGGUCAAGCCAGCCCCCGUCUGCAGGCUGGUGAAGCUCCGUCCACAGGUAACACCCAGUCAGACAUUCCCAUCCGGAUCAACCACACCUCUCGUAUCCACCUGAUCGAAGCACUGGACGACUCGGAUCCAUCCCUUCUGAAGGGAGAUUACCUCAGCAACAACGACCUCGGCGGGAAAAGCCCGAACGAGGACGAUGAUGAAGACGAUGAUGAUAUUGAUGAUCUUGGGAAUGGCUGGGAUGAGAGCAGCUCCAUCAGCAGUGGUUUGAGUGACGGCUCGGACAACCUCAGCUCGGAAGAGUUCAACACGAGUCCCACUCUCAACUCCCUUCCUACCACUCCCAUUGGCUCCCGCAGAAACUCAGCCAUAGUGAUGCGUACGGACGCAGAGAAGAGAUCUCUGGUGGAGAGUGGUCUGUCUUGGGACUCUGAUGAUACCAAACCCAGCCGCAAGAGCCAGGGCAGCAGCGUCUACGACACAGGAAGUCUCAAGUCCGAAUCAGCCAAUAAAUGGAAAAAGACACGGACGCAGGGGGAGGGGCUGGAAGGAGGGAGGGGCGAACUGAAGAAACCUCAGACCCUGGGUCAAGGAAAUAUGUUGAAGAAAGGAAGAAAUCCACCUGUGGGGGUCACCUCCCCAAUCACACACACUUCUCAGAGUGGGCUGAAAGUGGCAGGUUCAGUAAAGUCAGACGGGAAGCCGAUGGAUAAGUCUAGGUUAGCAGUGAAGACAUCCGGCCUUCAGCGCUCAUCUUCUGAUGCUGGUAAAGACCAGAGAAAUGGCACCGGUGCUGUAGAGCAACGUAAACCUCCAUCCGGCCUGGUCAGGCCCUCAACUGGUGGAAACUUUGGCUUCAAAAAGCCUCCUACGGCUACCAGUAAUGGCACAAACAAUGCCAGUACGCCCGCUGUGAUGAGUACAGGUGGCAGCGCCAUACCCUGCGGCUCUGCAACUGUGGGGAAGAUUCCUAAGACGUCGGGUAUUCCCGUCAAACCAGGGGCUGGUGGUGGUGCAGGACGCAAGACAAGUCUAGAUGUUUCAAACAGUGACCAGAGUGGUUUCCUAUCUCCAAAUGCCAGGACGUCUCUCCAGUAUCGCUCUCUGCCUCGCCCAGCAAAGACGAGCACCCUGACUCUAACCCGGCCGAGCUCAGCUCGCCCAAUGAGCACUACCAUGGACACAGGCUCAGGGCUGAUGAAACCCUCCACCACAGUACCCCAGGGCUCGAGGCUCAAAGAACCCGCCACAGGGCUUGGUUCUGGAACAGGGCUGAGUAAAGCAGGAGGUCGUGGGAUCCCAAGUCCCAGUCCUGUGAAUCAGACAGACAGAGAGAAAGAGAAAGAGAGGGCCAAAGCUAAAGCUGUAGUAUCUGACUCUGAGUGUGGAGGUGGGUCUCUGAAAGGCAGCCCUGCUCAGACCCCCUCAGAGAACGGGGGGAAGAUGCAGGGGCUGAGACCUCCCAGCAGUGGCAAGGGCAUGGAUCUACCCUCACCCAACACACACAGGUUAUCUGGGAUGCGCAGCCUGGCAAAACCUUCAUCCAUGGCCCAGCUUGACAAGCUUAACUCCAACAGCUUAGAGAUGGGAGUUCAUGACUCCCUGCCACCUAAGAUUCCUCCCUACUCUAAACUCCAGGACCUAGCCAGCACAGUAGGCAGCUCCAUUGGCCCUGGUCUGACCCCCAGCCCUGCCCCUUUACUCAAUGUGAACUCUUCAGCCUGCUUCUCAAGCUCGGGGACUGGCUUGGGGCCCAGGCAGGUCUCAUCACUCGGGGUUGAAGGGGGCGGAGGAAGCACCUCUCCCCUGCUUUACCCUCGUCUGUCUGGGCUGCAUCGCAGCCUGGAGUCACUGCCGCUCCAGAUGAGUCUGGCCCCCGAGCCCCAGGAGAGGGAGAGGGAGAAUUUGGUGAGAGGCUACACCACCAUUGAGUCCAGAGACAAAGAUAGACUGGAAGACAGAGGCCCUCCUGCCAGCUGGAGCUCUGGAAGUAAAGUCUCACUGUCUCUCAUAGACAGUUCUCAGAAAGACAGAAACACGCUGCCAAAGAAAGGUUUAAGUUUCAGCAGUGCUUCCCAGGUUGAGGAGGAAGGGAAGGAGAAAGGAGAGAGGAGACAUUCUCAUACUAUUCUCAGUAUGACAGACUCGCUCAAUCUUCCACUGCUGUCCUCACCCACUUCCCUGCCCCGCAAGACCAGUAUGGUACCCAGCCCAGUUGGUGGACCUCCGAGGAUGACUCGAUCCAACAGCAUCCCGACACACGAUGCCUCUCUGGAGCUAUAUGGAGCGUCUCCGCUGGGCAGCACACUGUCGCUGGCCGAAAGGCCUCGCAGCAUGGGAAUGGUUCGCUCUGGGUCCUUCAGGGACAAGGAGCCCGAUGAGGUUCAUGGGUCUGUACUCUCCCUGGCCUCCAAUGCCUCGUCAAGCUACUCUUCGGUGAGUGUGGGCGGCAUGCAGAAUCAGCAAAUCCGUAAGCUGAGGAGGGAACUGGAAUCAUCCCAGGAGAAAGUGUCUAACCUGACGACACAGCUAACAGCAAACCAGGCCAAUCUGGUGGCUGCCUUUGAGCAAAGUUUGACACUGAUGACCACUCGGCUGCAGAGUCUGUCAGUAAGCCACGAACAGAAGGACUCAGAGCUGAUUGAGCUGAGAGAGACCAUCGAAGCUCUAAGGGCCAAGAAUGAAGAAGCCCAGGCUGUCAUACACGGAGCCUUAAACAACCCAGAUAACAUGAAAGACAUGCAAAUUCGACGUCAGAACUCAUGUGAGAGCAUCUCCAGUCUCAACAGCCUGACCAGUAUGUCAAGUUUGGGCAGCUUGAAGGACCAAGAUGCCAAGAAGAAGAAGAAAAAGAGCUGGGUCUUUGAGCUGAGGAGCUCCUUCAACAAGGCAUUCAGCAUUAAGAAAGGUUCCAAAACGUACUCAGACAUUGAGGAAAUCGCCACCCCCGACUCCUCAGCUCCCAACUCCCCAAAGAUGCUUCAUGAGGGGUUAGAAGGAGGGGAAAUCCAGUCCUCAUCCCUCAAAUCCUCUGCCUCUGCCACCUCCUCUGUGAUCAUGGAGACCACAGAAGAGGGAGACAUUGAGGAAACGGCGGUAUCAGAGCUACGUUCAGAACUCUGGGUCAAGGAGAGAGAACUGACAGACAUCCGACUGGAGGCCUUAAGCUCUGCACAUCAGCUGGAGCAGCUCCGAGAAGCAAUGAACAACAUGCAGUCAACGGUGGAGGACCUGAAGGCGGAGAAUGACCACUUGAAAACAGGAAGUCAGCUAAAUCUUCCUGGCAUCGGUCCCACCUCUUCCACUUCCCAGCCUUCAGGCCUGGCCUCACUCCUGGGGCCCUCACUGAGGCAGCCGAUGAGUAUGUCCCUCACCAAGUCCUUCAGCCUCAGUCUGAAUGAUUGUAAAGAUCCAGAUGCGUCUCCAGUUGAAAUGUUGAGUGUGUCUUCCCAGCUGGAUGAGGUGUCUGCUCGAGUACUGGUCCGCAUUGCAGAUCAAGCUGAGGACAGUAAACAGCAGCAGGAGUACUUCCUGGGCUCAGUGCUUGUCAGUGCGAGGACCGACUGGGCCUGUCUCGACUCUCUUAUAGCUAAAACCUUCAAGGACUACCUGACUCAAGUGGACCCGACAGCCAGCCUGGGUCUUUCCUGUGAUUCUCUGCACAUGUACCAGCUGAGCCAGGGAGGGCAGAGGCUGAUAGGAGGGGACAAACCUCAAGCCUCACCUUAUCGUUGUAUCGGCAGUGGUUCAGCUCGAAUAUUUGUCACCUUGAAAGGUCUUAGAGAAAAAUGUGUUGACUCACUGGUGUUUGAGACUAUGAUUCCUAAGCCGAUGAUGCUGCACUACAUCAGCUUGCUGCUGAAGCACAGGCGUCUGGUUCUGUCUGGGCCCAGCGGGACGGGAAAGACUUACUUGGCUCAGCAUCUGGCUCACUACCUCCUGCAACGCAGCCGGACUGACUCAUCUGAGGCUGACCAGGAGACCUGUGUUCUGGGUCGAAGCGCUGCAGUCACCUUCAACAUGCAUCGUCAGACGCAGAAGGAGUUGCAGUUGUUUCUGUCUGAUCUAGCAAACCAGAUCGACAGAGAGAGUGGAGGAGAACUCCCGCUGGUUGUUAUUAUAGAUGACAUUAGUGACUCAGCAGCCAUCACUGAGCUUGUGAAUGGAGCGCUCACCUGCAAGUAUCACAAAUGUCCUUACAUCAUUGGAACAACCAAUCAGCCUGUGAAGAUGUCAUCAAACCACGGACUGCACCUUAGCUUCAGGAUGGUAACGUUCUCAAACAAUGUGGAACCGGCUAAUGGGUUCCUGCUGAGGUACCUGCACCGUAAAGCAGUGGAAGCCUACCAGGAGAAGGAGCAGGACUCCGCACGCCACCAGGCUCUCAUUCGCGUACUGGACUGGGUCCCUCAGCUCUGGUACCACCUCCACACGUUCCUGGAGAAGCACAGCACUUCAGACUUCCUCAUAGGUCCAUGCUUCUUCCUGUCGUGCCCAGUAUCAGUGGCAGAGUUCAGGCAGUGGUUCAUUGACCUGUGGAACCACUCCAUCAUACCAUACCUGCAGGAGGGAGCCAAAGACGGCAUUAAGGUGCACGGGCAGAAGUCGGUAUGGGAGGAUCCCGUGGAGUGGGUGAGAGGGACUCUCCCUUGGCCCAAUGCACAGCAGGACCAGUCCAAGCUUUUUCACCUACCUCCCCCCAGUAUAGGUCCAUCUAGUGAGGAGAAGAAGCCCCCCAAAGAUACACCUGCACUCAGCACACUGGAGUCAGACCCACUGAUGGCCAUGCUGCUGAAGCUCCAGGAGUCAGCCAACUACAUCGAGUCUCCGGAGCGGGAGGGCUGUCUGGAUCCCUCUCUGCAGGCUACACUCUGAGAAUAACAUGCGACUGUCAGUCAAGCUGUGGGACUAUAGACUCUUUAUUACAGCUGACACGGCGGGUGCAGUCCCAAGGAGACUUUAAAGACUUAAUAAUUAAUUUUACUGUGUGCUCAGUGAGCAGCUACAAAGCUAAAUGUAAAGGAUCUACACAGAGAGAGAGAGUGAUUAUGGACGAAGGGUUUGCUCUGCCCUGCUAUCAGAACUUUGGAAAGACAAUUUAACUGCUUUCAUAGGAAGCUGUGAUGAUCAUGUCAGGGAAAGACUCGUCUCUUCUCUGCCCUCAAUUUGUUCCAGAUGGGUUGUUGUUGAAUCUGCAAGUGCAUGGUAACCGGUAUAGUAUGAUGCAAAAUAUUACCUAUAAUCCUAUUGAUUAAGACCCAUUCUUUUCUUUUCUUUUUGCUUUCGACUGCCACAACUUCCAUCACAACUAUUGGUGCUUAUUGUACUGGUUUUCUUUAAAGGCGCAUGCUGGAUUUCACAAAGAAAUUCACCUCCGAAGUAACUCUGAUUUCCUCAAAAGUAAGAUCGUCACUCGCCACAGCGAAAAAUGCACUUUAUUUUCUACUUGUUGUAAUUGGAUUUUAGGAGGCUGUGUCAGUGACUGUGUAUCAAACGGGGGGUGGGGGGGGACUGGUCACAUCAUGCAGUUCAUUAGUAAUUCCUCUAGGUGGCAGCAUCUACUUUUUCUCUGCCUCAGUGCUUUCCUGGUGAGCUUUCUGAUUUUUUAAAGGUGCUCAGUAUAGAAUAUAACACAACUAUGAAAAUGGCCUUGAAUGUGUUUUUUCUUUUGGUUUCAGCCAUUGUGUCAUUAAUGGAUCAACUAUGAGAAGCUGUGAAGCUGUAAGAGUAACAUGCAUGGGUGAAAAAUGAAUGGAAUAAUAAAUCUGUUUUAGGGUCAGUCUGUAAAGACAUAAAGACAGUGUCAUCAUCAGUGGACUCCGUAGCUACUGGUUUCCUACAGUAAUAUACUGGUUAUCAUAACCACAAAAACAGACGCUGGCCCUACUCAACAUACUGCAUUGUAAACACACAGAAAAAAAAGAAAAACCUGCUUGUUUAUCUAGCCUGCCAAAUGGCCGACCAUUUCUGGCUAUGCUUGCGUAUAUUCUGUAUUUAGAUAUUGGUUUUAAAACACAAAAUUCUCUUGUGAUAGAUGAGGAUACAGCUUUGAAAAUCUUGGUUUUGUAGGAUUUUAUACUGAGUCAUCUUCAACAAUCGUCUGUAUACAGCAACUACCUACAUAUGUAUACCUAACAUACCUAACAUACCAUUAUCGACAGCAGCAGACAGUGUAGAGGUGAUAGACUUCUGUUGUCACAUUCAUCAUCCCACAAGGGGAAAGUGGAUACCAUCGGUUAAAAAAAACUGCCAUCACUUCCUUCCUCAUUGCAUUUGCUCUUUAUAUCUUUGAUAACGUUUUUUUUUUUUUUUUUUCGAGCUGUAGAAAUCAGUUUCCUUCUCACACGUUGUUUUUAGACUUUAAGAGUAAAGCCUGGGGUUUUUGAAAGGUCAAUAUUAAUUUAUAAGUGGCUUCCUCCUGUUCCUUUCCUUCAUCUGUUUGCAAAUAAUAUAUGUUAGAGUACUAGAUUACAGAGAGUAUUUAUUGCUCACACCUUGACUGUUCUUGUGAUGAAGGAAGAAAACAUAAAAAGAUGUGUAAGAGGAGGAAACUGUAGGUAGUAGAGAUAUUCUUAAACCUCUCAGCCAUGUGCCCCUCGACCCUGAAGUACCUCAGACUGCCAUAUUCUGUCCAGAUGUUCCUCUACUUUCCAAAAACAGGGUGCUGAUGUAAAGUAGAGACAUGAUGCCUAGAAGUCUAUUUGUGCCUGAAACACAGUUUGGCCUAAAGCUGCUUUUGAGCUGCUGUAAUCUACCACACUGAGGCCUCGAUUCAGAGGAAAGGUCAUCACUUCCUCCCGCCUACUCUGAUGUCACUUUAAUGUCGUCACCUUGAUGCCCAAAUUCGGGUGAAGAGUGGGUUAUCAUUUGUGACCUUUGGCUGGUGGUAACGGUGAUAACAAGAUUGUUAGUUCAGAUGUGUGUGUCAGUUAACGCCGCAAUAGAUGAGAAGUUUUGUGAUGACUGGGCUGCUGGUUGUGACGUUUUUUAAACUUAAAUGUGAAAGACUUGACAUCUUUGAUGAGUUGCCUGAGAGUCGGAAGCAGUGUAAGAACAGAUAUAAGCCUGGAGAUGUAAUGUCAACGCAUGUGUCCCUGGUGUGUUUCCCAAAGUUUUGUUUCAUUGGACCUACCACACUUAAACCUUAUCGUGGGAGGGAUUUUUAAUAACUGGAUAUCUUCCUCUUUUCACGUUGUUUUUCAGAGCAGACAUUUGUUUUUCUUAUGCAAAUAUUUGUAAAGGUUUCUUUCUCUUUUGUACAUGACAUCACUAUUGUAAACACUGUAAAUAGUCAGUGCAUCUGCGACAACAAUCACUAAAACGCAUAGAGAUCUAAGAGAAGGCAUGGCCCCUGUAUGCAGAAAGCGGGCGUCCUCGGUGGUUUUAUUGUCUUCCUCCAGUAGGAAGGAGCACUUGGCUUAAAAGGGGGCCUAAUAAUGGUUGUAUGGCUUGUCUCUAUAACCACAUCAAAUCCCAUAUGUCUAACAUUGAGCAAUGGACAAUAAAGUCAUGCCAUUCUUCACUUCA